AUGACCACAGAGCAACAAGUUGUGCUAGAGUGAAAGAUAUACAGACAGACCUUACGAGCAUGGAUGUCAUCUUCAAAGAAGGGAUGUUGUAUCUCCAGGGGGUCAAGUUUGGAAAAAAAACAUGGCGGAAAAUGUGGAUGGUGCUCUUUAAACCCAGCUCCACAGGGGUGGGGCGGGUGGAGCUCUACACUGUGCUUGACAACUACGCUGCCACUGAACAGAAGAAGAUCUGUUGGCAGAAAACACCGGAGAGAAAGGUGGUGCGACUAAGUGACUGCCUCAGUGUCACCCCUGCACCAAAGCAGUCUUGCCCUCCUGGGUGCACCGCCUUCCGCCUAAACACCAUUCAGUGUAACUACACCCUGGCCUCCACAGCAAGCCAGGACUGGCUAAGUGCCCUCUGUCUUCUAGCCUUCCAGAAGGAUCCUGGAGAAUCAGACCGAGGGGGUUUCGAGAGAGGAAAUGGAUUGACCAUGGAGGACAAUGACCUUUACUCAUCGUGGAAAACCGAUGCGACCCUUCCUCCAAACCAGUACCAAGUGACUGUCCAGAGCACAGAGGCCUCCAGGAGGUGCCAGCUGGCUGGAGAGUAUCUGAUCUCCCCAGAAAAACAGGCUAUGGUGCUGCUGGCCCUCCACACUGGUCACAUCAUCUACCGCUGGCCAUACAUGCUCGUACGAAAAUUUGGACAGGUUGAGGGUGGAUUCAGCAUUGAAGCAGGCCGUCGCUGUGAGUCAGGAGAAGGAGUGUUCAUCUUCCUGUCCAGACAUGGUCCUCAGAUCUACCAGACUAUAUUGAAGCAGUGCUCUGUGAAGAGGAGGUCCUCUGUCCAGCCACUCAGUGACAACAAAAGAUCAUUCGUCGACCAAUCGCCUGCUUACCUCCCAACCACAACCGACCUGCCCGCCGGUCCUCCUGUCCACAAUCCUGCAGAUGCUUCUGCUGUCACAGAGGAGGACCACUACUCUACCAUUAACGACACCUCAAGCCUAAAGUGGCUAUCUCUUGUCAAACCUUAUCUCUCUAAUAGCAUGGAGGCUGUGGGAGAGGAAGGCGAGGAUGAGGAUGAAGUGUGUCAUUCCCUGGAGGCUGUAAACUUAGAUGAUGUCACCAAGGACAACAUUUAUUACAACCUAAGAAAAGCCACGCCUCCUGUUAUCAGAAAAGAACUGGUCGAGCCUGAGACAGACAAUUCAGAGUGCAUCUAUGCAGAUGUGAAGAUAGUUGAUUCUCCCUUAAAUCCCCAGCUGCAGCCAUCUUCGUCACCCCUCCCUCAGCCUCUUCCUCGCUGCACACUUCCCCAGUCCGUCCCCUUCGUCCUACCCAAGCCCCGGCACCAGCGUCAGCCCCCUGUGAAUAACUACAUCCAGCCAGGGUACAAUGUACCGGCACAGGCAGUGGAUGACAUGAAAGAGAUGGAGGAGGCCAUCAGCUCCUCCGCCUGUGCUCCCCCCACAGAGGCCCCUGGCAGUUUUAAACACAGGCUGGCAGAAAUCAUUUCCAAGGACCUGGCAAAGUUCCAGCCACCUCUUCCCUCUGGACAGGGCAGCCCCACAUUUUCUCAGUAGACUAGAAGGAGCUAUUUUAACCAUGACAUACUGUCAUAAAGCAUAAUUAGUUUCUUUAUUUCUCUGAAAUCCCCUCUGCUGGGAACAUUAGGCUUCAGAUACUGGCUCGCGGAUGUUUGUAUAUUUAUCUGCAGUGCUGGAAUGUAGCUAAGAACAUUCACUAAAGUACUGUCAGUGCAGUUCUGGGGUACUUGUACUUUACUUGAGUAUUUCCAUUUUUAUGUUAUACUAUUAUACUUCAACUCCACUCUAUCCCAGAGGCAAAUGUUGUACUUUUUACUCCACAGCAUUUAUUUUGACAGCUUUAGCUACAUUAAAUGAUGAUGUAUUUGUAUGGAUUAAGUUACCCUGAAGUUCAUAAAGUAGUUAAAAUUACCCCCACUUUUAUGAGC